AUGACUAGCCCACCUGACCAUCUACAAAUGGUAUCCUUACGGGGAGAAGAAUAUGUAUUCGAGCUCAAGGGCAUGAUGCCCGAUGGGCUAAUCGAAGUGUAUCGCCAAUUGUACAUGGAUUCGUUCCUGAUAUUUGUACUCCCGGUUGACGUUGAGAACAUUAAAUACUUCCGAGCAUGGUCCGUACGGGAAGCCCUCAACUUUUGCACCGACUUGAGGCUUCAUAAUAUCCCAUCCGACCUCCUUAGCAUGAAGAUUGAUAAGAUAGUCUGGGAGUCGAUGUUACCUACCAGAGGGUCAAGCUAUGCCAGCAUUCCCAUGGCGAAUGCCUCGAAGGGACCCAGCUGCACCACCCUCGCCUAUUCUCCAAGCAUGGUGGAGGAAAAUGGGACUAUCUUGCGAAGACGAAACCCUAAUGGACAGCUCCUCGACAGAUUCCAUGCUUCCAAAUGUCGAGAGGCUUUUAACACAGGAGAAAGUCGAGGAGUUCCUGGAGGAACAACAGUUGACGCAGUGGUACACCACCCGCGCAACUCUGCCCAAGAAGCCGGUAAAGCAGGGCUCGCGAGUUUCUCGUCGGGAACGCUCCGCCUCAAGGGGCCGGGCCUGGAGCCGCUCGAGGGCUCAUAG